GGAUGUGAGCUCUGCCCCUGCAUAUGAGGCUGUGAAAGCCCGUGCCGGGCCCUCUUUCCUCGCUGAUAUCAGAGACGGACGGCGCUCUCAAGAUGACUGAGUGGGAGAAUGCCCCAGCUGCUGUGGCUGAAUCGCCCGAGAUCAAGCUCUUUGGCAAAUGGAGCACAGAUGAUGUGCAGAUCAAUGACAUCUCCCUUCAGGACUACAUUGCCUGCAAGGAGAAGUAUGCCAAGUACCUCCCUCACAGCGGGGGGCGCUAUGCUGCCAAGCGGUUCCGUAAGGCCCAGUGCCCCAUCGUAGAGAGGCUGACCAACUCCAUGAUGAUGCACGGCCGCAACAACGGCAAGAAACUGCUGACCUGCCGCAUUGUGAAGCACGCCUUCGAGAUCAUCCACUUGCUCACCGGAGAGAACCCCCUGCAGGUUCUGGUGAACGCCAUCAUUAACAGCGGACCCCGUGAGGACUCGACCCGUAUUGGACGGGCCGGAACUGUGAGGAGACAGGCUGUGGAUGUGUCCCCCCUGCGUAGAGUCAACCAGGCUAUCUGGCUGCUGUGCACUGGUGCCAGAGAAGCUGCAUUCAGAAACAUCAAGACCAUUGCAGAGUGUCUGGCUGAUGAGCUGAUCAAUGCUGCUAAGGGUUCAUCCAACUCCUAUGCCAUCAAGAAGAAGGAUGAGCUGGAACGUGUGGCCAAGUCCAACCGUUAAAGCAGCUCUGUGUGUUCGCCUGCUGUGGGUGUACGAAGUUGUACAAUAAAAACAGAAAAAAAAAAACAUGCCACGAAACACCCGUUCGUCUGUUCUGUUUAUUAACACUUACAAACUUCCAACUAGCAUUUCUCUUGGGUAAGGCAGUCAAGAUUAGUGCGAAUCGGGUUCUGUGAAACCAAGUGAUUCGUGGGUGUGUGUGCCUGUAUUUAAUUACAUUUUGAAAACAAUAGCCUGUGCUUUGUGUCACUUCACGUUGUUCCAUAUCUGGAGAACCGCUUCUCCAUUUGUCAUAAAACCAGGUAUUAACAUUAUUUAGCAUAAUGUUAUUCAGAAUCUGAUUCUUGGGAUAUUUGGGGUGGUGUCUCUGUAUGUUUUAUGGACAUUUUGUGCAUAGAUCUGCUGGCCCGCUUAUCCAUUUGUCAUGACUUAGUAUUAAUAUUUAGCACAAGUUUGCAGUAUCAGAUUCAGAUGUAGUUGUUGGCUCAUCUGCAUGUCAAUUUUUUUCUUUGCAUGUCAAAUUAGGAUUAAAUAUGACAUCACUGGAUCUUAAUUAUUUACAUGUGGUUUAACUUUCUGAUCAAACUGAUUGCUCUGACUUCUGGAGAUGUGUAUUACUGACCCUUGUUACACAUCACAUCCUGUAGGUGGUGACAAAUAGCACUAUUCCAGAUGGGCACUUAAAUAACAUCCAUUGAGGAAUCUCUUUUAAUGAGGGUCAUAGAGAGGAUAAGGUUAUUUCGAAGGCCACUGUGAAACUUUAUUUGCUAUAACAUGACUUGGGUUUUUUAAAUUAAAUCCCUAAAGGUUGCAGGUUCGAUUGCACGAUAGCUAUAUAAGUGAGAGGUGACGCUCAAAAAUGAACAAUUACCUUUAGGAGUUUCACCUUUUAAUGGAACUAGUACAGGGACUAGUUUCAGAAAUAAACUUUUCUAUUGGCACUUAAUGCCCAAUGUUCAGACAACAUGGUGCAAAUAGUCGCUGUGACUGUGCCAUUGGUCUCUGGAUUUGUGUGUCAGUGUAGUUAAUUGAGUUUGUCUGCUUUUGUGAGCAUGCCUCAUUUUUCUCUGUGUGUGAGUAUAGCUGAUUUUUUUUUUUCUUCUGCGUGUGUAUAUCUGACAUGAGUCUCUGAAUUUGUGUGUGUGUCUGCAUGGCUCUGAAUUUUUCUAUUGUGUCAAUCUGAAUUGUUCUGUGUGUAUUUCUCAGAGUUUCAGGCCUGGCGUUCUGAAAUGUUUCUUGUUUGUGUGAGAUUCUGUUUGCGUGCGUCAUUCAGGGAAUUAAGCCGGAUGGUCCCGGUUGGUUGUAAACAAUGAUGUCACAUUUCUGACAACUCCCACCUCUGUUACGUGCUUGCUGGAGUAAAAAUUAUCCUGCCCUGACAUGUCAACAAGGUGUUUCUGUAGUGUUGGCGCCGCAUUCCCCCAAGCCUUUAACGUUUCCUUAAGAUAAAACACGUAGCAUUGUUGGACAAGGUGUUAUUUACAAAGCCAGCCACAAUUAACUAAUACAUACAGUUGAGGGCGUUUUUAUGUUGGAUGCAGGUAUGUAAAACACAUUUACCUAAAAACAAAAUGUAAAUUGACCUGGGGGUAAUGCAUUCUUUGUAUAUGAAUAACGCCUUUGGUGACGGCAUUAUAAUACUUAAUAGAAAUAAGUCAUUUGCAUGGCUCCAAAUUUGUAUUAUUUUGAAGAGUCGUUUCUUUGCAGUAUAAACAUGAUCAGUUGUGUUGGAGUGACGCUCGUGCUAACAGUCUUAAACGGUACAAUGCCUCAAGGGAAACAAAUUAUUGACCAAGCCCAUGUAAAACAUGCUUUCCAAACUUCAGGUGCUUUUCCAAACAGAUUCUGUAAUAUAUGUGGGGUAUUGGAUUUCUAUUAGAAAAGAUUAGAAGUUUGUAGACUUCAUCAAAAUGUGACGGUAGUGAAUUUGAGUCUUCAGACAGCAGUGGUUCAAGCAGUAGUUAGCUAGACCCAGCUCAACUAGGUCUAGUUAUCGAUUUUGCAAAACUUAAGAGUUUUUAUACUCAAAUUUCGAUUUCUUUUUUCUCGCAUUGCCCUAGGGCUCUUCUGUAAUUGUUACACCAUGAUGUGUGGUAAGAAAAAAAAUACAGCCCAAACAAUUAUCAAAACCUGUCACGACAAAUCUGAUUUUAAAACACUAGCUGGUGUCUGCAAUGUGAUCACACGCGCUGUGGAACAGUGGGCUAGCAGCACGCCUUAAGUUUUUGUUAGUUCAUUUGUUCUACAUUGUUCACACACACACCAAAAUAACCCCAGAGCCUAAAUAAAGGGCCUUUUGUUUGCGAUACCACCUGACCUUUCUGUAGUGUACGACCAAGCACAUUAUUAGAUUAGACUCGUGCUGCUCCUACGCAGCGGUCGUAGCAUCAGUUUCUCAGCAAUUGGAUUGGACUGCUUCGCUUUUGCAAGAAUAUUUUGGGUUUUUUGGGGGGUUUUUUAAUCUGGAAAUUGAGCAAAAAAUGUCUUAUUUUCUCUACCCCCUCAAUGAAUGCUAACCAAGUGGCGCACAGUCAAAGUAGCAAGAGUUAAGUAAAAAGAAACAUAGUUUGAGAAGCAAUUUUUCUUCCUGGGCACGCCCUUGUGAACAGUACUUAUUUUCAAAUUAAUUUCAGUCAGCAUGAGAAAUAGUAUAGCAACUCUCACCAGUCAAUUAUCUGUAAUAAUAAUAAUAAUACCCAUUCCCUCUCAAUGGGUAAAGUCUAGACCCGAACCUCCGAGACAAUCAUUUCAUUUUAGUGUAAAUAAAUAAUUAGAUAAAUAUAAUUAUCAUUUGUGUACGAUGUAAUCUGUGUUCUUGAUUUUUGUAAUUGUAUUUCAUGUCGUUUAUCCCUAAGGUGAUUGGGUACUGUAAUUAGGCUGCAU